ACUCCUUCGUUGAAACAUAUUCUCACUGCAUUCUUGAUUUCUGUCAACAUCCAACGACCUCUGAGAACUCUCUCUUGAAUAUACUUCUUGAUCUAUCAAUAACAAGCAAGCUCAAAAAUGGCACGACAGGAUCCUAAUCCAUUUGCCGAUGAAGAGAUCAACCCUUUUGCGAACAAUACAAGUGUUCCUCCUGCAAGCAACUCCCAUCUCAAGCCGCUUCCACCUGAACCUCAUGAUCGUGGUGACACAGUUGAUAUCUCUUUGGGUUCCACCCAGGAUCUUCGAGCUAAAGAGAUAGAACUUCAGGCUAAGGAGAAUGAACUGAAACGGAAAGAGCAGGAGCUUAAAAGAAGAGAAGAUGCAAUAGCACGAAGUGGAGUUGUCAUUGAGGAGAAGAACUGGCCAGAGUUUUUUCCUCUAAUUCAUCAUGACAUUUCUAACGAGAUUCCUAUUCACUUACAGAAGAUACAAUAUGUCGCAUUCGCCUCAUUAUUAGGGUUGAUAGCAUGCCUCUUGUGGAAUAUUGUGGCAGUAACUGUAGCUUGGAUCAACGGAGGAGGUCCCACUAUAUGGCUUAUGUCAAUCAUCUACUUCAUUUCUGGUGUCCCUGGGGCUUACGUCUUAUGGUAUCGUCCUCUUUACCGCGCUACCAGAACUGAUAGUGCCCUGAAGUUUGGAACUUUUUUCUUGUUUUACAUGUUUCACAUUGCGUUCUGCGGCUUUGCUGCAGUUGCUCCACCAGUCGUCUUUCGAGGAAAGUCUCUCACAGGUUUCUUGCCAGCACUUGAGUUUCUAACCAGUAAUGUUGUGGUUGGGAUAUUGUAUUUCAUUGGGGCGGGGUUCUUCUGCAUCGAAACACUUCUCAACAUUUGGGUGAUUCAGCAAGUAUAUGCAUACUUCCGCGGGAGCGGCAAAGCUGCACAGAUGAAGCGUGAAGCUACAAACUCGGCGUUGAUGCGUGCACUAUAGAGCCAACACUCUUCACUGGAAAAAAAAAAUCUAUCAAUGGUGGCUUGAGGUCAAAUCUUGAAUUCUCCACACAACAUUUGACACAACACCAUUCUCUCUGCAAAGUCUAGACUGCCAAUUGUUUUUUGUUUGAAUUGCUUUUGUAAAAGACUAAAUCAAAUACAUGGAGACCUCAAAGCCAAAACUCUGUCGUUUGAUUGUCAAAAAAAUAUAUCUUCAUGAAUGAUAAAAGCAAGAUCCCUAGUGGGAUGGGGGAACCUUUAUAGCUCUCUAAUGAAGCCAUCAGUUCAGCUCUGUUCAAUAGUCUUUGAAACUCAUCUUCUCACCAUUAACCUGCGAACCUAUAGACUUGUACAUGUUACUUAGAAGCACAUAACUCAUGUAGUACUUUAGUUUUAAUCUUCACCGAAGAAAACAACAAAGCCAUGUCAUAUGAAGUGCACUAUGCAACUAUAUAUUAUAAAUUUAUACGCAUUAAAAUAAAAAUAUAUAAAGGAAGAGAAGAAAGGAGACUAAUAAAAACCCUAAUUGGCAGUAGUAGCACACACAACACACAAAACAGAGUGCUGCUCUUAAAACCCUAACGAAACCUGCGAUAAACCCUCAGGCCUUUUUACCCAACAAGUCGGUGCCUUUAUAAACUUAAGCCGCCGCUUAAACAUUGGAAAGUCAUGUUCUUUCACUUUCCUCUCCUCGCUCUCUCUUCUCUCCCUUCCUGCCAUGGUU